AUGUCGAUUGAUUUGGGUCUCUUCCACGUCAUCCAUGACACAGGGAAUGAGCCUGGAAACGUGAAGCCAGAGCACACCAAUGGCCCCAGGAAAGGCUUGAUUGUGCAGUUCCAAGGCAAGUUCAAGCACAAUGCCACGAUGGGCCAGGAGAACUCUACGAACAUUUGGGCAGGUGGUACAUUGGAUGGAGAGCUCAACCUAGGUUGGAUCAUGUCGAAUGUGGUGUCAGUUGGGGCGAAAUUCGCAAAGAAGAAAACUGGAGGCCGCUUCGUUAUUGAUUUAGGCAGCAAGACGUCGCCGUGUCAAAUGGGAUUCCACAUACGAGCUCUCAUGUGUUUCGUGAGAACACCCGAUGGGGAGGAACCGCCUCCACUGGGCAGCGAGGAGGUUGAAAACGUUGCAUGGGCCGGUCCCGGCUUGUUGGAAGUGGAUACAACGAGUACUUACACCUUCAUUUGGAGAGUGGCAUACCUAGAUCUUUGCACCUGGGAAUUGCUGAAGGUGCCAGCAAUCAGUCCGCUCCCAUUGGAGAGCGUUUUGGGUGAAAUCAAAUCAGGGUGUGCCUUCAUCUACGAUCUCGGUCGAUGCGGCGGAGAGCAUGGUAACUGGAGAGACAGCUUGAUUCUGCAGAUUUUCUUUGCAAGAGGGUCGCAGGGAGACGAAUGGCAAGUUGAACGCAGGCCGUCCAUGGAUGCUCCUGCUGGAAUGGACGAUGAGUCUCCCAAGACGGUUUUGGAGGUUGCGUCUGAUGCUUCUGAAGAAGUGUCUGCUGCGGGAUCUGAUGUUCAGCUAGUAACAGCAGACGACCAAACCGAUUCAGAGACGACGCAAGACUCUCUUGAUGAUGACGAGGCCAUGUAUGAUCAGGAUGAGGAGGAGAUCCGUGAGUUAAGCAAGAGCCACUCUCAGGCACUUCUUCAAAUCGAAAGUUGGCGGCCUAGAAAUGUUGACGAAAUCUUGCCGGAUAAACUUCAAGUCCAAGUUCCCUUCUACAUCGAAGCCAUUGAUCGAUUCCGACGCCGCAAGGUCCGCUACUGGUACAUUUUUUCACUCACCGAUCCCGGCGGGACAUUUUGGACAGCGAAAGACUCUCAAGAGCUGGCUUCGCUGUGCCGCCCGAAGCGGCGGCUCCGAACCUUCCGCCGCGGUCCUGGAGCCAGAAGGUACACCUGCUGUGCCGUGAAGACGCUGGAGCAAUUCCGAACUGUCGUGUCCUCCCACCUGGACUUGGAGAGUGAGUCCAAGCUGAGGAGUGUCGUGGUUCGAGCAGCAGUCACAGGGUCGAUGACUCCCGACCAGACGGAUGCAUCCGUGGAGGGCAGUCCACGGCCUGAUUCAGGUCAUUUGAGCAGCCCUGCUAGACUGGCUCGCAAGGUCAGACGCAGAACACUGGGACAACGUCGGCGUGUGCAACUGAUGCCACCACGCUUUUUCGUCGCAGCAGACAGCAUCGUUUGUGGCCUGGCCUUCGCUCAUGCCCGGCAAGGACGAACAAGCGUCAUCCGGGAGGCCUUGGUCGGAUCAGUGCAUUUCGAAGGUCGUAUCUGUGAAGAACUUCUUCGGCUAUCCUCAGAUGGUUUCCUUCGCUGCUUCACGCCUUAUGAUUGCGAAAAGCCGCGAAUAAGCGUGCAUGCCGGCGAGAUCCUGCAGAUCGAAGCCUUGCCCGGACCCACUCUGGGCAGAUUUAUGCUUUGGCAGGUCCACACGUUCCUUCGCGUGUUUGUCUUCUGCUGCGCGGACUCGGCUGAGAGGGAACAGUGGAUUUCGAACUUGAGCCGCAUGGUGGCACAGGUCGGUGGAGAUGUGCACCACGCUGACGUUACGUACCAGAAGGACUCGAAACUGUCUCCUGAAAUCGGCUCUCCCCGAGAGCCGUCGCAAGAGCCGCCGUCUCCGAAGACACCUGCGACUUGGAAAAGCGGACGCUCAAAUCCAGUGGAUGUCUUUAGCUUUUCCAGCGCAAAGAAAGCGGCUGGUAGAGUCGCCGGUGGAGCGAGAAACGGCCUGCGUGCGAUUACAGGCGGACAGAGAGUUCCGAGCAAGGAGGCCAUGUCGCUCAUGGAUUCCACCAGAGGCCGACGAUGGGGACACAGACGGCGCUUGGUGCUGAAUGAUCGUAUCCUCGCAAGUUUACCAGAGAAACGCUUAGCACCUGAUUUCUCUGCAUGCCUCUUGGAGAAGGCGCUCAGUUUGGGUGCAGCGCCUGCAGCGGCUGACGUUACGGCUUUUCUGGAUGCAACCUGUUUGUUCAAGGCAGUCAGCUUUCAAAAUUGGACGGAGGCUGAGAUGUUGACAUUUUGGGUCAACACGUAUCACUGCAUCCUCGUGCACGGCCUCCUCAUAUUUGGAGCUCCGCAGUCAAAGUCGGAGUUGAACAACUUCCGCAACAGAGUCAGUUACCUGAUCGGAUCGAGGCCAAUGAGCCUCCGUGAGAUCGAAAGUGCUAUGCUCCGUGUGCCCAAGACUGAUCCACAAGCCGCUCGCCAGGCUCGGGUACGGGCCAGGCAGCUCCUGGGAUUCUGCGGCCUCUGUCGCAAGGGGUCGACCCCGCCAGAAGAUCCCAGCUCUCCUGUUAGUCGUGGCCAGCAGUCGCGGUCACGGUUGCCGGAUGCCCCAAUGUGCUUGCCCAAGAUGCCGCUUCCCAAGGGGCCUUGGACCUACGACAAAACGCAAGCUUGCCUCUACAUCGGAAGCCCACCAGAGCUUUGGCUUCCCCCGAAGCAGGACCUUCGUGUGGUUCUGACCCUCAACAGAGGUACCUUAAGCUCCUUGUCUGCCGUUCCGAUCUUCGAUGCUGCAAGCAUUGACUCCCAGCUGAACGAAAUGGCUCAUCAAUUCGUCGGCACUUUCGUGGAGGUACAGCUUCGUGACGGGAUCCCGCAGAAAGUGACGUUACCAGUCUGGUGCCGGGUCCUUCUACAAGAAUUUAGAGACGACGAGGCACAGUUGCUCGCUUUCGUCUGGAAAUUUAUGUCGAAGGAGGUGCCCCAACUGCCGGACAAGAAGGUUCAGCUCAAAUUCAAGAAGUUUCCACAAGAAUCUCGCCAGCGCGUGCAGUUCUUCAAGGCUAUUCUUGGCGCUCAAGAGGCGAAACCAACUUCAGCCUUUUACGCUCUUGACGGCGCUGCAAAGGCAGCGCAUCUCACGCUGCUAACGAGAGGGCAGAAUUCGCCAGCGCUGCAAUUGACAGUCGCUGAACCUGAGCCCGAACGCGAUGAUGAAUUCAAGGAUCUGAGCCUCAUCUCUCUAUGA